AUGGCUUAUUUUAAUACCACCGAUCUCACCGCUGCCGAAUUAGAGGAUCUCGCCUUUUUGCGUGCACGUCGUUCUGGAAUCAAUGAAGAUGUUGAGGAAAUCCGGUCAGAGCUGGAUGAAAUUAACGCGCAGUUGGCAACAAUCGAUAUUCCUGACGAAGAAUACAGCCCAAAUGGAAGGCAUAUGUCUAUAGCUCGGAAAAAUUUUAAUGUAGAUCCCAAGAAGGGUAUGGAAUAUAUGAUUCAGCAUAACCUUAUUCAUAAUUCACCUGCAUCGGUUGCAGAAUUUCUUUACAAGGGGGAAGGUUUACGAAAAAGUGCUGUUGGCGAUUAUUUGGGCGAAAACAAUCCCUUUAACCUAGAAGUGUUGGAAAAGUUUUGCGAAUUGCAUGAUUUCACAGAUCUCAUCUUAGUGCAAGCACUGAGACAGUUUUUCUGGUCAUUUCGUUUACCCGGUGAGUCCCAGAAGAUUGAUCGUAUGGUUAAUGCUUUCGCACGUCGUUAUUGCACGAACAACCCAGGAGUUUUUUCUAGCGUUGAUACUUGCUACAUAUUGUGUUUUGCAAUCGUAAUGCUCAAUACUGCACUGCAUAAUCGUAAUGUGAAAACUCCAUUAACACUUGAUGGCUUCAUAACGAUGUAUCAUGGUAUUGAUGAAGGAAGAGAUGUUCCUAGAGAAUUAUUAGAGAGUAUUUAUGAAUCUAUUCGGACGGAACCCUUUCAAUUUCCAACAGAUGAUGGCGAAUUUUAUAAUACAUUCUUCAACCCCGAUCGAGAAGGAUGGUUGUUGAAACAAGCAUCUUCGUUAGCCACAACACGUCCAUUUUUAAAGUCAUGGAAGAGACGGUGGUUCAUUUUAGCUGAGAAAUGUUUGUAUUAUUUUGAACAUACGACGGCAAAAGAGCCACGAGGAAUCAUUCCUCUAGAAAAUGUUCAUGUUCGUGCCAUUGAAGAGAAAGGCAAACCAUACUGUUUCGAAAUCUACAGCGAUAGCAGUGAGGUAAUAAAAGCUUGUAAAACAGAACCAGAUGGAAGAAUGGUUGUAGGUCGGCACACUUCUUAUAAAAUGUGUGCUUUUUCGCAAGAGGAAAUGAAUCACUGGAUAAGUGCUAUUGAGUAG